AUGACGGUGCACCUUUUUGGAGCUGUCUCUUCUCCUUCCUGUGCGACCUUUGGUCUGAAGGAAACGGCCAAAAGAAACGAAGAGAAGUAUGGAAAGGAUGCCGCAGAUUUUAUCACGCAUGACUUCUAUGUCGAUGAUGGGCUGAAAUCGAUCGCUUCCGCUGAGAAAGCCAUCAACCUGAUUGACAGAAGCAUGGCCAUGUGUGCCGAAGGAGGUUUGCGUCUCCACAAGUUUGUCUCCAAUUCAAGAGAAGUCUUAGCUGCAGUCCCUUCAGUAAAUCAGGCAAAAGGCAUACAGAGCCUGGAUCUUAUGUUUGAACCUUUACCGGUUGAAACAGCACUUGGAGUACAGUGGUGUAUCGAAUCGGAUGCGUUCUGGUUCAGGAUUACCUUGCAGGAUAAGCCUCUUACAAGACGUGGUAUCUUAUCUACUGUAUCUUCCAUCUACGACCCCCUAGGAUUUGCCGCCCCAGUUGUUCUGUUAGGGAAGCAGAUACUACAAGAGUUAUAUCGAGAUGGUCUAGAUUGGGACAGUCCGUUGCCAGACUCUGUGCGUCCAAAAUGA